AUGCGCCUCGACAGCAGUGCCCUCCUCGCCAGCUUCGCGCUGUGCGUCUCCGCCUCCGCCUCCUCGCCCUCGCCCUCUCCCUCGCCCUCGCCCUCGUCCCACUCCGUGACGCUCUACCUUCCCGCGUCGCCCAACCCUUUCGCCCUCGCCGCCCGCACCCACGCAACGCUCGCCUCGCUCGGCGCCCACUACACGGCGCCCCUCUCGGCCGUCAACACCUUUGUCUUCCAUAACGUCACCCCCGGCUCCUAUCUUGCCGACGUCCACUGCCCCUCCGAGGCCUUUCGCCCCCUCCGUAUCGAUGUCGGCGGCGGCCCCGACGCCCCGGGAGGCACCGUCGCUGCCUGGGAGACGUUUCGCGGCAACGACUGGGCGAACAAGGGCGAGGCGUUGCCUGUCAGGGAUGGCAGCGUCGGCGCCGGCUUUGAGCUGCGGCACCUCGGCGGCAAGAAUUACUUCCUCGAGAGGCCUGGAUUCUCUGUCCUCACUAUUCUCAAGAACCCCAUGAUCCUCAUGGGCGCUGUCAGCAUGAUCAUCUUCAUCGGCAUGCCCUACCUCAUGGAGAACAUGGACCCCGAUAUGAAGGCCGAGUUCGAGGAGCAGCAACGCAAGGGCGGUCCUGUGGCUGCCAUGAUGGGCGGCGGCCAGGCGGCUGGCAAUCCCCUCGGGGAAUUCGACAUGGCCGCCUUCCUGGCCGGUUCCAAGAAGAAGGACGGCAGCUCAGCCGGCGAUGCUGGCGGUGAGGGGCCGGCCAAGCAGCAGGGCGUGAGGAGAUGA